AUGCACCCGAUCACGAACCCGCCCAAUGAAAAGAAGUCGAUAUUUGCCCCGAACGCGAGAAACGAACCCGAACUACCUGUUAGCGCACACGAUACCGAGAAUGGAGGAGUGGGACACCAGAGCAGAUGGCAGGACAUGUGGAAGGCGUUUGAGAGGCAGCUCGUCGCAUACAACCUCGAGGCCCGCGGCAUUGAGCGUGUCGAGCCGGAGGAGCGUCAGGACUUGCGCCUGCUUGGAUACUCUCAGGUAGCCAUCAUGUGGUUCAGCGUCAACCUCGCAGCGAACAACAUUACCCUGGGCAUGCUCGGUCCCGCCGUCUUCGCCCUGGGUUUCCUCGACUCCUGCAUGCUGGCCGUCUUCGGCGCAUUCGUUGGCUGCCUUGUCGUCGCAUACAUUGCAACCUUUGGCCCGAAGAGCGGCAAUCGGACUAUGAUCUUCUCGCGAUACAUCACGGGCUGGUGGCCGUCCAAAGUCGUCGUCCUGCUCAACAUCAUCGUUCUGCUUGGGUACGGAAUGAUCGACUGCGUAGUCGCUGGACAGAUUCUGUCAGCUGUUUCGGGCAACUCCAUGUCCGUGGUAGUCGGCAUCAUCGUUGUAGCCAUCAUUGCGUGGGCCAUCACCACCUUUGGCUACCAGAUCUUCCACUACUACGAGCGAUGGGCCUGGCUACCGCAGCUUAUCGUUCUCUGCAUACUAGCUGGAGUCGCCGGUCCGCAAUUCAAUAUUUCCUCCGAGUCCCACGGCGACGAAGACCCAGAUACCAUAGUCGGGAAUCGCAUCAGCUUCUUCGGUUUGACACUCGCUGCGGCUAUCACCUAUGGCGGCGGAGCAGCAGACUAUUUCGUCUACUAUCCAGAACACGCAUCUUCGUUCAAGAUCUUCGGCAUGACCAUGCUCGGUCUGAUGUGUAGCUUCACGUUCGCCUUCGUCUUGGGCAUCGGUCUGGCAUGCGGCAUGCUUACCAACACGGACUGGGAAGCGGCAUAUGGCGUUUCCCAAGGCGCUCUGAUAGUCGAAGCAUACAAACCGCUAGGCGCUUUCGGCUCGUUCUGCGGCGUGGUAGUAGCUUUGGGUCUUGUCGCUAAUCUCAUCGUCCCUACAUACUCUUCCGGAAUCGAUGCCCAGAUCCUAGGCCGCUAUGCAAGUGUUGUACCGAGAGUCAUCUGGAAUACUGUUGGCGUAGUCAUCUACACAGUCUGCGCACUAGCAGGGCGUGCCCAUCUCGCCGAGAUCUUCACCAACUUCCUUGCUCUCAUGGGCUACUGGGUCUCUGUCUGGAUCGCCAUUACGCUUGAAGAGCAUUUGAUCUUCCGACGCAAGACUGGCUUCAACUGGCAAGUCUGGAACCAGAAGAAGAAGCUUCCGCUGGGCAUAGCCGCCUUCACGUCGUUUGUGAUCGGCUGGAUUGGUGCCAUCAUGUGCAUGGCCCAGGUUUGGUAUAUUGGACCAAUCGCUAAGCGGGUUGGGACUUAUGGAGCUGAUAUGGGCAACUACGUCGGUUUCGCAUGGGCUGCAGUUGUCUAUCCGCCUCUGCGAGCCUGGGAGCUCAAGCGUUACGGCCGAUGA